GUCAACACAAACGAAAAUAAACAAUAAUAAAUAUGGCUACUGCUGGUAAUAGUGAAGAUUUGCCAACAAUUCCAAUUCUUCCUGUAAAUACCCCUUUCAGUUCUGAUAGAAAUAUCUCAAGAUCACCCUCAAUUUCUUCUAUUAAUAAUUUUCAAUGGACAACCCUAUUGGUUUCAAAACCUGGCCAAAAGAAGGGGCGGAAACAACUAGGCCGCGAUCCUGUAGUCAUAGAAAGAAGUAAUUUAGUGAACAUAAGUAAGCUAGUCGUUAAGGAACUCAUAGAGCAGUCAUUGAGAUAUGGGAGAAUGCUCGAUUCAGAUCACAUGCCUUUACAGCACUUUUUCAUCGUAUUGGAACACGUUCUGAGGCAUGGACUCAAGCCCAAAAAGGGUUUGUUGGGCCCAAAAAAAGAAUUGUGGGACAUUCUACAGAUGGUUGAAAAGUAUACUCCUGAAGCCCAAGAUAUCACUGCUAGUGUAAGAGAUUUGCCAACAGUAAGGACACAUAUGGGCAGAGCUAGGGCAUGGCUGAGACUGGCUCUGAUGCAGAAAAAGUUAGCAGACUAUUUGAAAGUAUUGAUUGACCACAAAGAUGAAGCUUUGGUCGAAUAUUUUGAACCAGACGCUUUGAUGUUGAGUGACGAAGCAAUUAUAAUAAUUGGUUUAUUGGUUGGAUUGAAUGUUAUUGACUGUAAUCUGUGUGUUAAAGAAGAGGAUUUGGAUUGUCCACAAGGAGUGAUAGACUUUUCCCUAUAUCUGAGAUCGGCGAGUCAAGUUUCCAAUGAUUCUAGCAAUGGUGAUGAGACGGGAGAUGCCAUGACAACAGUGCUAGAUCAAAAAAACUAUAUUGAAGAGCUGAACAGGCAUUUAAACGCCACGGUGACCAACCUCCAGACCAAGGUCGAGUCCCUCACCACCACCAACGCCCUCAUGAAGGAGGAUCUCGCCAUCGCCAAGAACAACCUGAUGGCGCUGUUCGAGGAGAACCGCCUGUUGCGCAGGCAGUGCGGUCGGGAGGGGGAGGGGUACGUGAUGAGCGCGAGCGGCGUGCACGUGACCUCCGCAGACAGCGGAAAGGGGCGGGGCGAGAAGGGCGGGGAUGCGGAAGAGCUGCGGCAGCGGCUGGAGGAGGAGCGGCGGCUGAGGAAGGAGGCUGACGAUGAGCUGGAGAUACAGAUGUGUAUGAAAGCUGAAAUGGAAGUAGCCAUGAAGUUAUUAGAAAAAGACAUUCAUGAAAAACAAGAUACUAUAAUUUCUCUCAGAAGGCAGUUGGAUGACAUAAAACUCAUUAAUUUGGAAAUGUAUAAAAAACUUCAGGGGUGUGAGGCAUCUUUAGCGCAUAAAGCAGAGUUCAUUUCUAAACUAGAAGCUAAGAUGCAAUCUAUGACAGAUACGAUAGAGUCACUCGAAUAUAAGUACAAAGAAAGUGAAUCAAUGAGAUUAACCACAGAACAACUCAAACAACAAGUGGAUCUACAAGCAGCUCACGUAGAAGAACAAGCCAACAGUAUUGAAGGAGAUUUGAAGUUGGAAAGAGAGUGGAGAAAAUCUUUACAGGACUCUAUGCAGCAGGACAGAGAAAGGAUAUCAAAGUUGCAGAUUGAAAAUGGACAACUGAAGCUACUUGCACAGAAAUAUGCACAACUUCAGGAGGAUUACUAUACCUUGAAAGACCAUAAUAUGGAACAAGAUAAAACUUUGGAAGAAUUAGGUGGGAAACUGAAAGAUUCCAAGUUGCAAAUAUCCGAUUUGAAGGAGGAAAUAAAUAGAAACCGAAUUGAUGGUACUUGGGCGAAAGAUAAUACUGUUAGUAAUUGUAGUGCUUGUUCAAAGGAGUUCAACUUGACUCGACGACGGCACCACUGUAGGAAUUGUGGGGAAAUUUUCUGUAAUACUUGUUCUGACAAUACAAUGGCACUCCCAUCAUCUGCUAAGCCAGUCAGAGUUUGUGAUGACUGUCACCUUCUAUUAUUGGGUAGAAGUACAAAUACUGUGAUGAAUUAGGUUUAGGCUUCAAAUUGUUAAUUGUGAAACUAUUUACAAGUUUAAUUGAGAUUGUAUAUUGUAUUAAUAUAAUUUAUUUUAAUAAGAAUACAUGAAUUCAAAUAUGUUAUUUUAUUGAUUUUUGUAAAAAUAUAUAUUUACAUGAUUA